AAAAUCUCGCUCGCAGUCAAAAACAAUGAGUGCGCACGACGCGCAACUCGCGCCAAGCCUCUCCAACAGCAGCGCAGUUUCCCCCUCUGGAGGAAUCGUAGCAUGCGUCUGUGCGCCACCCGCAGGGAGAACGACCACGGGAAUAUAACUAGACUAUCUGCGGAGUUUGUUAUUUUUUUAUUUUUAUUUUUGGGCUUGGGGAGAAAUCAUGCCUUUUUGUAAACGCACGAUACUUCCGAAAGAUGUGUGCAAGCCCGACGGCGGGAGGCUGCUGGAGGCGCGUCCCCGGCAGCAGGCGGAGGUUUUCGGGGACUUGGCGGACGUGUGCGGCUUCUCCCUGUGCUCGGUGCUGCGGCAGCUCUCGGAUCUGUCCCGGCACUCGGUGAGCAUCCUGGAGGAGCUGGAGGGAGAGCUGGUGUCCAUCUGCCACCGGUCCGGCGCGCUGGAGGGCAGAGUGGUCCGACUGCAGAGGCACGUCGCCGAGCUGAUCAGCAAACCUCCACCGAGAAGCCUGCAUCGAUUGCAGAAACCAGUUUUCACGACCUCAGCUGUUCAAGAUGGAGACGAUUCUUUUUGUACCACCAGUGGUCUAGAGGCAGAGAGCGGCAGGCGAGGCGGCAGCAGCAUCGGCAGCCACCACGGCGAUGGCAACCACGGCGGCGGCGGCGGCAGCAGCAGCAGCGGCGGCAGCGGCGCGGCCCACUUCAGGUCUCCAUGGCAACAGAGCGUGAACGUGUUCGGCUCGUGGAGCAGGCCGGAGUGUGUCGAGGAGCUGCACCAGCAGGCGCAGCUCAACCUCCAGAGCCUGCUGCAAGAGUUUGAGGAGCAGUUGUACGACACCAAGCUGACCGGUCAGACUUUCCGGCAUCCGUCCUCGCAGAGCUCUGACGACACGUCCACCUCGCUGAGCCGCUCGCCCAUCUCCCUCAACAACAAGAGGCCCGACUUCAUCUUCCUGCCGGCGUCCAAGCAGCUCUACGAUGAUGAAACCGCCUCCUCGGUGUUCGGUCUGAGGUCCGUGACCGACCCGUCUCCCUCCCCGUCCCCGUCCCCCUGCAGCUCAGAUCGCCCCCCGCUGGGCUGGAGCAGCAACAACAGCAGCAGCAGCACCGCCACAUCUGCCACCACUGGACCGCCGGUUGCAGAAAAACCCCGCUGGCACCUGGGAAGACGCACACCAGCUCAGUUCAUACCCCUGGACAUCACAGGUGACAGCGGAGGAGUGAAGUUCCACGGUGUCGACCUCCUCCAGCACUCCCCGUCCCCUUCCCCCUAUCCUGGGGACCCCUUCUCCCACCAGCCCCACUCCCUGGAGCCUGUCACUGACACCCCCCACCGGAACCUCCCACUGAGGAAGACGCACUCUGACCUCGACACGACUUUACCUACAGAUAACAGUUUGGGGCAGCGAGCCUCAGACCAUCUCCACCCAGGAACUAUGGACCACUCUGGGCUGCUGUGCUCAAAUACACCCUCGGCCUCCUGGAACGGGCCGAAGGGCUCCACCUUUUCUCCCGGAGCGUGGAACGAGCCUUACAAUUACAGCAUGAACAAAGGUCCGGCGGUUCCACCGAAACAGCACACCAUCAUCGGAGGUUCAGGAGGCGGGGCGCAGGACGGGGUGAUGCUGGUGGGCUCGGGACAGUCAAUGAGCUCACAUUCCAGCUCCUUCACGUCAGUGACGAAUCCCUCAGGGAGAACAGGGAAUACCAUGCCGGGGAUAUCGCUGGCAGCGGCCAUGAUGGGGAAGCGAAGCGAGACAGAAGGAGCUGCAGCUGAUGGGGGUAGAGGGGCAGGUGGGGGGGUCGGGGAGGUGUUGAGAGGCCGGGAGAGGUCAGCCCGAUCUAUAGCAGCUCAGAACGCCUUCAAGUUCAGGGAGCGUUCCCUUUCUACGCCCACAGACUCUGGCUCCUUCUGCUUCACGGAGGGCAUCAUUGGUCAGACAGACGGUAACAUCACAUCUGCAGGGAAUGGAAACACGAUGGCAGCAAACCACCAUCAGGAGCAUCACAACUUUCUGGGUCUGGGUGAGAACUACGCCCUCCUCUACCCGAGAGGCAGCUCUGAGGACAGCACUAGCACUGCUGACACCAUCUCCGUCACAGCUUCGGACUACAGCACAGAGGGACGUUUGCGCCUGCGUUCCCGCUCCAUCUCGCUCAAGAAAUCCAAACGCAAGCCACCUCCUCCAGUGAGGAGCGUCUCCCUCAUGAAAAACCUUGGAGAAGCCGAGGGGAGAAUCCACCACGAGGGUGGUCUAUACCGAGAUGGUCGGCCGAAGAGCCUGCACAUCCCCAGGGACCACUUCCCAGACUUCCAGCCAGAUUUCCUUCUGCCCAGCUCAUCCUCUAAACCCAGCGUUGUUGAGCGGGAGCUGGGCCAAGGAGGGAACGAUGGACCUCCGAGUUUGGAGAUCCAGGCACCAGAGAGGGAGAGUGAGACAGAGAUGACCUUCCCCACUCACUGGCAGCUAGGGGAGUGGAAGAGCAAUGACCCUUACAGGUCUCUGUCGGGCUCCAGCACAGCAACAGGUACUACAGUGAUUGAAUGUAUGAAGGUCAGAGGAAGCUCCGAGUCCCUUCUUGACUCCCCCUCCACCUCCAGAGCCACGUCACCCUCCCAGCUCUCCAUGGAGACGGAUGUCAAGGCGUCGUCACCCUUCAGACCUCCAGGACUUAUGUCCCCAUCCAGUGGCUACUCCAGCCAGUCCGAGACUCCCACUCCGACUGUUUCUCUCAGUCAAGUGGCAGGUCAAGGCACAACAGGGACCAUCGGGUGCAAGAUGCGCCCCAAAAUCCCAGAGAGGAAGUCGUCGCUACCUUCACCAAAGGACCCGGCUGCAAGGUCGAGGUUGUCCUUUGAAAUGCCUGGGAAUGCACAUCUGGAGCUGUCAUCACUGAAGCCAAAGCAGAAGGCCAGCAGGCGGCACUCUGACACCUCAACGGCAGCGAAACCAGGCAAAAUCAGCCCCAGUUCUUCGCAGGCAUUGCCUGUGGUUACCCAGAAUGAGCUGAAGACCAUCCGGCUUCGCUCGGUUUCUCGUGGCGACCUGGAGGACUGUCCUGAUGGAGCGUCUGACACCAUUGAAGAAGAACAACACAGCAGAGACCUCGGCGACAACCCCAGCCCACCUCCCACUCUGCCAAAACCCAAACCGCCUGUCGCUGUCAAACCUCCCCUGCCCAAACGGCCCAUAAACCUCCUCCUGAAAUCUCCGUCUCCCUCUUCCACCUCUCCCCACGCCCUCGAGUCUCCCCCUGCCUCACCUGUGGACCGGCCGGUGCCUUUAGGCAACAUCUACAAAGUCAUGAAAAAGCCAAAACCCAAAAAACCUCCACCACAAGUUCCAACGAGUACUGCCGUUCUCCCAGAUUCAAACUCUACCACUACCCCACAGACUGCGUAUGAUCACCAAUUCCUCCCCCACUCGCAGUCCCUCUUCGACCUCCCUCCACUCCCAGACCCUCAGCCUCUCCUGGAGGACCCGGUGCUGGAGCCUGAGUUCGACGCUGAUGCGGAGAUCCGUUUUGGGCCUGAGGAUGGAGGCUCCCUGCCUUCUCCCUGUGGCAACCAGGAGGCUCCGGAGCUCCAGGACAAGAGCAAGACCCUCCCCUCGAGGAUGACAAUCUCCUGCCUGGCAGAGCUGUCAGACAAAAAGAAACCCAAGGUUCCACCUCCAGUCCCCAAGAAGCCAAACGUCCUGCUUCUUCCCACGUCGGUCCACUCCUCCACUAACGGCAGCACGGACCGCCAGACACCACAGACUGACAGCCCUGUGGGCCUGCGAUCUCCGUUAGGAACGUUCCCACCAGAAGAUAUUCCCACUGCUCCGAGUGUUCCAGACAUGACGGAGCAAGACGAGAACCACCUGGGGACUGACGAGGAGAGUUCAAAGGAGUCGUCGCUGCAGUCUUCUCUGCAGGACUCCUCGCUCACAGAGCUGGAAGGGAAGAUGGCCAGCACCGGGAUCGGAGCAGACGACUCAGCAGCUGGUGAGAAGACGGUUCUCCACAUCGCGGAGGAAACAGACGACGACUUGUUGGCCAGCACACCUACAACGCACACCACUGAAGACCUGUUCACCAUUAUACACAGGUCCAAGCGAAAGGUUCUGGGUCGUAAGGAGCCAUCGGACUCCUUUGGCAGCCGCCAGAGUCUGGUGUCUCCGGUGAAGCACAGCACCAGCGGUAGCGAUCUCCGAAACCUGACUCUGGGCAGCAGCCAGAGGUCGAGCUCUCGCAACGAGAACUUCAUGGCCCUCCUUCAGAAGAAAGGCAGCAAGUCUUCCAGUGGAGGAGCUCGGGUCUCUGCCAUGGAGCUUCUGAAAAGCACAAACCCGUUGGCGAGACGCGUCACCGAGUUUUCAGCCACAACGGCGUCGACCGCUGAUGGAGGAGAGGCAACAUCCGGGAACGACAAACCUAAUGACCAAUGAACGGAUUAACGGGUGUUUACCAGGUCCGUUUGCUGUUGACAACGCUACCAACCACUUCCACAAUCAGCCACCCACUGGGGAUGGGACCUUCUGUGUCCAACCAGAUCGCUCCAACUACUGAUUGACCAUUUGCACCGUCCAAUCAAAUUGGAGCACAUUUUUUGGACAAAAUGGUCCCUCCCAUGGUUGGAGCGCUGUUGUUCCCUGUCAAACCAGAAAUCAAGACGUCAGUGGAGGGAAAAGGUAGUUCUCACCACAUAUUCAACGAAAGCUGGAAGUUUGGAGCUCACACACCGGGUUUUGCGCACUGGGAAUGUGUUCAGUGUGGAUGGGUGGAAUAGUCACUGGGAAUGUGAAGAUAUACAGGGAAUAUCUUUACUCCUGGCUGCCUCUGGAUGAAGAAAAGUACCCCGAUGAUGACAGUGAUUUAUAUAUCUGAAUCUGUAACCACACUGAUCUGCUAGGAUGGCACGCAGGAUCAGUAAUCAAAAUAAAUGGAAUAAAAUCCAGAAGAUGUGAGACAUUCACACGAGUCAACCACAAUAUAACCAGUUCCUCCAGCCGGAAGCGCUACAGGACCAACGCCUGCAGACCUACACAAAUCAAACGGCAUGACGAGGCAACUGAGAAAGGAAAUAUGCCCAAACCUCUAUGGUAAAUGCAAUACCAUAGCACCUCUGUCAGAAUUUACAAAGAGAAACCACAAGGGGGCUUUCUGCCACCGAAUAUGAGGCAUGAGCAUGUCACACGUUUUGUUGCUCAUGCUACGAACACGAACCUUCAGAGAACAUUCCCAGCAAACGGAUGACAUUUUGGAACGAAAGCACUUUUCUUUUCCGUUGGAGGUCGUUUACAUGGUGCAGUCACUGCACCAACACAUUUUCUGCCAUCAGUCAUUUUCUACUCAGUCGCUGUUUAGAUGUUAUUUUUGUUGCCUCUGUUUUUUUCUUCCACAUGGCCAUUCCCUGUACAUGUUUAAUUGGAUCAUACUGUAUGUAUCAUGUACAAAGAUAAAUGUAACGCAUCUAUCAACAACCUGCACACACAAAGACUUAAAAAUAGUGUACAGAGCAGCUUGGACUACAAGCUUCCCACGCGAUGAAGGGAAAAUACACACUCCAACACACACAGAGACUGACACCAUGGAACAGAAAAGGCCAAUCUACACAAGUGUGAGUGUGCUCAUAGGAGUGUGUGUGCAGAUGAAAUCCUGCCUGUGGAGUUUCUGUACAGAGAGCAUGAAGCAGGCCGGUUAUUACACAGGGUUUUUAUUCAUUCUGGUCUCUGGUGUUGGGACCAAAGGACUGUUAAAGACUACAAACAGACCAGAGGGGACCUAGUGGUGUGUGUUUGUGUGUCUGUGUGUGUGUGUGUGUCUGUGUCCAUGUAUAUGUGUGUGUGGCAGGCAGUGCCAAGAACAAAGUGGGAGAUAGAGAGUGUGCAUGUAUGUGUGCCUGUUCAUGUGUUUGGCAUGUUUGUGUGCAUCAGCAUUACGUGUCACACAUUUCUUUUUGUGUGAAUUAGUGUGCGUGUGCAUCAUCACCCUUGCCUCCUCCUUGUUAGGGACAGGAUUGUAAAGAUCUAAGCAGCCCCGUCCUCUCACAAUAUUGUAAAGAAGGACCAGGAACCGUUAGGACAAUAGAACCAAGAACCUGAAACAUUCAAGAAUUAUUUACGUCCCAGAAUCCUUUAGCUUGAAGGAUUCUGGGACCUCAAGGAUUCCAGAACUUAAGGGAUCUCCUCUAAAUUCUGGAAUGUUUUAUUUCUGGAAUUGUUUACGAUUCAAAGGGAUCCUGGAACGGAGAACAGGAAGUAUUCAAGAAUCAGGAAUGCUUUAAAUUCUGGAAUCUUUUAGGUUCAGACACUCUUUAGGUUCCUGGGUACUUUGGCCAGAAAGAUUCUGGACCUAAAGGAUUCAGGAAUAAAGACUCUUUGGAAUUAUGGAAUCUUUCCAUUUUGAAAGUUCUAAGGUUCUGGGAUCCUGGGUUAAAGAUUUACAGAACCAAGAGCCUAAAGGAUUCUGGAAAAAAAAAAACCCUGAAGGAUGCUGGAGUUGUUUAGGUUCUAAAACGUUUUUGAUUUUGGGUUCCUUAAGCCCAAAAGACUCUGGACCUAAAAGACUCAGGAAUAAGGACUCUUUGGAAUUCUGGAUUUUUUCAGUUUUGAGAGUUUUAAGGUUCUGGAAUCCGGGGGUGGCGAUUUCCAGAUCCGAGAGUCUAAAGGAUUCCAAAAGAAAAACUAAAGGAUUGUGGAAUGCUUUUGGCCCUAAGACUCUUUUGAUUCCAGAAUCCUUCAGCCUAAAUUAUUCUGGACCUGAAAGAUUUCCAGAAGCCCUUUGGACUUCUGGAAUCUUUCAGAUUCUGGAUUGUUUGAGGUUCCUGAAACCCUCAGGCUGAAGGAUUCCAGAACCAUGGACCUUGGGGAUUCCAGAACCAAGAAAGAAAGAAUUCAAGAGCCUAAAGGAUUCCAGAACCAAGAGCUUAAAGGAUUCCAGAACCAACAUCCUUGGAGUUUCAAAAUUUAUUAGGGUCUGGAUUUUUUUAGAUCCCUGAAACACUUUGGCUGAUGGAUUCUGGAGGCGGGAGGAUUCAAGAAACAAAGACCUAAAGGGUUUCUGGACAGAGAUGAUUAGAGGUUAAAGAUUUCGGGAAUCGUUGGACUGCUGAAGCAUUCUAGUAGUGGGGGGACUCUGAAAGUUGGGAGAUUGGUUUGAAAAAUUCAAGUUCCUCCUUCCGUGUUGCAGAGUGACGUCGGGGCGCAGAAGGGUUUGUUUGUUUCGUCCUCCUCCAUGAACGCUCUCACGCUCUGUCUGGUUCGUUGGAGGGAGGAGGUGACAGUCUGCUUCAUCCUUCUCCUCCUCCUCCUCCUCAUCCCCCUCCCUCCAUCACUGGUGGAGCCACUCUCCAUCUGUUUCUGUUUUCCCAUAUAUACUGCAGCCUCUCUCUCUCUGGUAGCACCACCUCUCUGUAUCUUUCUCUUCUCUCUUCCUCUUUUCUCUCCAUUUCCCCUUCCUGCCUCUCCCAUCUCUUUUCUCUCUGCAUUCAGUCUAUGCAUCUGAGCUCAGCAGAAGACGCGACACCGGAUGAAUGUCAAUGAAUGACUGUUAAGGAAAAAUAGAAGCUGUUCUUAGUUUGAGAGUGCAAAAAACAAAAACACUUUCUAUCAGCGCUCAUCUCCUGCCUUGUUUCUUUCUUGCUCUCUUGAUUUUUUAAAAAUAUUUUUCUUUCAUAUCCGUGCAACAUGGAAUUACCAUGGAUGAGUGAGCAAGCGGAUGAAUGGGUGGUAUCUGUGCACAAACAUGGGAACAGGAGAGGUUUGAAUCUGUUUUUGCAUAAUGGAGCUCAACUUGUGGAUCAGUUCUGGAUCGCUGUGUGGAUGGUCGGAUCGUGGUUCGGCUCUAACACCUGACUUUACCCCAUGCAUGGAUGGACCGUUAAUGGAGGAGGGAACCUUUCAUGUCCUGACUCCCAGUCGGCAAACUGUCCCUCGGUGCUAUUGAGUCUGAGCUCCCCCUAGUGGACGGAAAAGGAGGAACCACACAUACAGAAACAGCAGAAGAGUGAGGAAAAAAAACUCCUUCACACAUCUUCUCUUCCCCACGACAGUCCUUCUUCAGGUAUUCCAUCGUCCUGAAAAAAAGAUUUCAGAAAUGCAUAAAUUAUCACCAUUUAUGAUGACUAGUCAAGUGACGCUUGUUUUAAAUAUUUAGUGAAUGAAAAAAGAUAAACCUAUAAAACUCUGUGUUUGUUUGCCUUGUAUACUGAAUUAUGGGCGUGUUGCUGCAGCGCCUGCUGUGUUUUAAUUUAAAUUUAUUUUUAUUAUUUCUUAAUUUCAGCUGCCUUGGUAGUACACAUACACAAAAAUCUGGCCAAAACAUGACACUGCAGGUGUAAAAGGGAGCAUUUACGUUUAAUCUGACUAAAUAUUUGCCCAAAUCUGCAUUCAUACACAAGUAUGCAGAGCGUGGCAUUGUCUGCAUACUGUUUUCCCCUUAGAGCAAUAUCCCUCAGAUCAAAGUUAGACACCAGACAAAACUGCAGAUUGAGUUUGAACUAACAGGGUGGGAGGACAAAAGAAAGAUACAGCUUUAGGAGGAUGUGUUGUUUGAGCACAGUAGUAUGUAGUGUUAGGUUAUCAGACAGUCUUUACUUGUUCGUACAUGGACAGAUGGCAGAUUCCCUUUAAUCGGGAAGUAAGCAAAGGUACAAACCAACUGAAACGUAUGGGUACAAAGGGUGCGAUCACUAAUGUAGGGAUGUAGUCAUUUAAUAUGGAGAUGAACUUGUCAUUUGUUACAAAUAUUUCUCAGAGACUGGGCUGCUUCAGAGGCAGAAAUGACCUCAAGUGUGGACCUGGUCCACAUUACUGCCAUAUUUUUGCAAUUAACAACACAUUUAUUGGUCCUCAGUGCAGCACGGCAAAAUCAGAUCGGGUAUUUCAACGACCAAAGAGAUAUUUCUUCCCACCGAGCAGCUCUGAGAAACAUCUGUAAAAGUGAAUUAGCGAUCUUUGAAACAUGUUGACAGCGUAUUAUAUUGAAAAUGACACUUCUAUAAGGUGUGACAAGUGAGCUGACAAGAGGAAUAUAUUGAAUAUUUAAUCUAUUAUCCCUUCUUUAGGAGGAGAAGUCAGGAAGAGGGAGGAAGGAGGGGAGACGAGGAGCAGAGGUUUGGUUCUGCUGAAUGUGGGGAUUACCACGCUAAAAUUUCUACAUACGCCGUCAUCUUUUCCUUCACCUCCUCUCUCCCUUCAUCUCAGCUGUCCUGUGAGUCACACGAGUAAUCACGUUAAAAGCUUUUCCCUCUCGUUCACUCUCUCUUUCGCUUCCCAACGAAUUAAUAAAAGGUAUGAGAAUGCAAGAAAAGAUGAGGCACCGCGAUAGCCCGCUAAUUAAUUUGCUCUGAUUUUACAGUCAGCAGAUAACAAACAGCCAAACCUGUUGCUAGGAAACACAAAUAAAAAGCAGUGGAAAAAAGUUAGCAUUUGGAGUUCAGGCGAGGAUAGUUUCCUCCUGAAGCCAGCAGAGAGAUCCGAGUUUAUCUGAGUAAACUAAACAAAAGUUAGUUUUCUGUUUACCGCAAUUUGUAAAGUUUAAUGAGACCAGCGCAAACAAAAAUACAACAACAACUCAUGUCAGUGCUUGGAAAAGACUCACAAACAUAAAGCUUCAGUUUGUAGUGAAAUCUGCUGUUUUAAGCAUAUUUCCAUCUGACAUCUUUGAUUUAAUGCCCAAUAACGUCUCAUGUAAAUGUUGUUAAUGGCUUAAGUCCAAGAGGACACUCGUAAUAUUAAUUAUUAUUAACUUUAUAAGCUUAAACUACCCUCUUAUUUAACUAUAAACCAUAAAAAAUGGAGUACAGUGAAUAGACAGUUGUCUUGCCCACAAGCGAAAAGAUUUUUUAUGUACAAAAAAGAGAAUAGAAAGAUAUUUUAUUAAAUGCAAAACAACAGUAGCACUUAUAGCCUUCUAAUUUCAUAUAUCUGUAGCUUAUUCGCAGCGGUGGAAGAAAAAUUCAGUUUCACAGUUUACAAAAACCUUAGUUAAGUAUUGCAAAAUGUACUUAAAGUACAAAAGUGCUGUUUACACACCAGCAUAGACUCUGUUUCUGUUUUAUUUUUAUAUCUUUAUAUAAAUAAUAUUUGAUUAUUAUUACUGACAGAUUAAAAAUGCAAGCAGCAUUUAAAUAUUGUGAGACAGCAGUUUUUAUUCAUGUUUUUACUGUCCGUUGGUUUAAUUUACUCUAUAAUAAGUCUUUAUAUUUCAUACUAUUCAUCAUAUCCUGAAUCUGUAAAGUAACUAAAGCUUUCAGGAAAAUGUAGUAGAGUAAAAAGUACAAUAUUUCACUCUGGUGUACAAAAUACUCAAGUAAAGUACCUCAGAACUGUAUAAUGCUUGAGUAAAUUACUUUAGUCCACUGCUUUUUAGCUGCCGUUCCUCUUGAAACCUACAUUUGCAUGAUUUAGUUACUUUUGGUUUGUGUGUUCAAGGUGUUGACGCUGGCGUCACACACCAGGAAGCAGGGAGGGGUUAAAAUAAAAAUAAUUAGUGAAACUGGAGGAUGUAAAAACAUGCCAGUAAACACAAUAGAGUUGUGUUGAAACCAUUUGCACAACUUUACAAAUCUGAAUUUUGAAUUUAUAGAAAAAAAAAUUACGCUGCAAAAUGAAGUUGCAUUUCCUCAAAUGGCCUCUUGAGGGUGUUUUCAAAAGCGAGUCAGUCCCGAUACAACGCCGUGUUAAAAUAUCAAGUCUAACAGCAGAAAUAAAUGUGUUCACUGUCUGGUUUUGGUCCGUUUAGCAGAUUUUUCUACUCAUGACAACUGUACGGCAGGUAGAUUUCUACAACUCACCCAUUUGACUUGUAUUAAUGCUUAAAAUGAGGCAUAAUGAGGGGCUUUUAGUAGUGGCCGUCCAAUCUAUUUGGCUUCCUGAUUGGUCAUCAGUUUUUACCAAAGCAAGCUAGCAGUCAGAGCUGCAUAUAAAAGAUGGAUGUAGCCACUGUUUGUCAUUAGAUGACUCAAAUAAAUUAAACACACCCUGUUUGAUCGUCUAUUUUCCUCUAAAUGGAACCAUAAUUUACAAAAUUAAUACCAUUCUCCAUUGACGGGGCCAUAAACUCGUUAAGAAAAUGCUAAUGGAGGCAGCAAAUCAAGUGAGAAGUUGGUUCAUUUUCCCAUAGAGUUCAGAGGAGUCGCCCCCUGCUGGCUGUUAGAAAGAAUGAAAGAUUAAAGCACUUUAAGGCUGCAUCCAUCUUUUAUUCACAGCUUAUCGUCAGAAAUUAAUCAAUUUAAGCAAAAAAUACUGCUUCAGGUGUCUGCACUUGAAUGCAGAAUGUAAUUUUCCGACAGUUUGGAUAUUUUGGCUGUAGCUCUGAUAUUUUCAAUCACUUUUUUAGUUGUUCUGAUGAUUAGUAAGCUGCGACAACUUUUCACUGCCCCGUUUUAAACUCGACGAGAGAGUGACCGAGUGUGAAAAAGCGGCGGCAAGGCAACGUGGCUGCAGAUUUGGGCCAAAGUCUUUCUUGAGUUUGCUUCAGGAGAAGCAUCAGAUGGGUUGAGGUUUACUGGACACACACACAAAAAAACUACUAAACCCCACCCGUCUGCUGCUCUCUGCAAAGUAAAACAAACACCCCCCAAACCCCUGGCUGCACCUGGGAGGCUGUACAGGCAGCUUCUAAAGACACAGAGAUGAUAAUUAGAGAGACAUAGAGAAAGAGAGACAGACAGAGUUAUUGGAAUUAUUCUAUUUUUGUUAUUCCUCAUUGGGAAAAGACAUAUUUAAAGGAAUAUUCCGUGUAUGUAUUGAAUAACCCCCCCGUUUUCCCACCCCCAUCCAGUGGUGUGAUCUGUAGCUGCGAGGUGGCGUCUCACACUCCCCCUGCAGCUCUGCAAUGCCAAUGUGAUGAAAUUAUUAUUAUAUCAUUAUAAAUAAAUUAUUUUUCUUGCUUAAAAA